GGACAAGUCGCACCUUUUAACUAUUUUCUGUGUCAGAACCAUAAAACGACGUCGCUUUCUCUUAAAAAUCACACCAUUAAUUCGCCACCGUUUCAGGCAACUCUCCGACCCUCGCUCCUCUCCUCACAACAACAAACACUUGAAAUCAAAAUUCAAAGACAACAAGAAGCAACAAAAGAAAGAACAUUUCAUUUCUUCCUUCAAAGCUAAAGCGCCCAAACCCGUAAUCCCGAACCGUAGAAAAUGGGCAAGGAUCUAAGCGACGACCAAGUCUCAUCAAUGAAAGAGGCUUUCACUCUCUUCGACACCGACGGCGACGGCAAGAUCGCUCCAUCGGAGCUAGGGAUCCUAAUGAGGUCUCUCGGGGGAAACCCGACCCAAGCCCAACUCAAAGCUAUAGUCGCUGAAGAGAAGCUGACGGCGCCAUUUGACUUCCCUCGUUUUUUAGAUCUCAUGGCGAAGCACAUGAAACCUGAGCCUUUCGAUCGGCAGCUACGCGAUGCUUUCAAGGUGCUGGAUAAGGAGUCGACCGGGUUUGUCUCUGUGGCGGAUCUGAGACAUAUAUUGACUAGCAUUGGGGAGAAGCUGGAGCCGUCGGAGUUCGAUGAGUGGAUCCGGGAAGUGGAUGUCGGGUCGGAUGGGAAGAUCCGUUAUGAGGAAUUUAUUGCCAGGAUGGUUGCUAAGUGAGAAAGGUCAUUAAUGUUUGUUCUGUCUGUUCUUUGAUUUUCAAGAAAAUGUUCUUUUGUUUUUGGGGGGAAGUUAGGGUCUGUUUGGAUUUGAUGUGGGGGAGGAUAAUGUUUUUUUUUGUUUUCGUUUGUUUCUAUGGAAUUGUUGGAAGUAAUGCUAACUCUCUUUCUUAGAGAAUUUGAUUGGUGUGUAGCUAUGUAAUUUAUAUUAAUAUCUUGUGUUUGGUUUGGUUUUGUAUUAGAAAUUUGUGUUCUUUCCCCCAUGUUUUUGAGGAAUUUGUUUCAACAAUCUUUUGUUGUGAACCGAUUGUUUUGUUUGUAUAAUGUCCAUGUAUUAAUCUUAUGGAGUUGGUGAAAUUAGAGGGAAGUGUUUAUUUUCA